AUGGCCAUAGGAAGACUUCAAGCUGCACUGGCGGCCGCGACCAACGAAGUAACAGUAGCUGCAGCAAACCUUAACUUCGACUUUACCCUAGUCAAGUAUGAGGCACCAAAGGAGUACCAGGCACUAGGAAACGUACUCACGUCAAAGCGCAAAGACGACGCCGAGCUCGGUUCCAUUCACGUUCUAGCUAGGCAGCUAGGUGCGCUCUUCGAUGGCAUUUGUCCGGCAACACCUGCGCUUUUGGAGGCGUAUGGCAAGCGAGCAUCCGAAAUCGCCCAAGCCUCGAAAGUCAUAUCCGAGCCAUACGCUGGCACACUCUUCGGCGAUUAUACUGGCAUUGAUGGGACUUCUAUCUGGGCGGCAGCUACUUCAUCAAAGUGCGCUUUGCAUGUUCAUCUAUUGGCGUGUCUGCUUGCUCGCGUGUGGACAGCGCCUGAAGCUAUUGCGAUCUGGGUCGAGAUAGUAGCAGAGCGCAAAAGAGAAAUAGCGCGCAAGGUCGACAACGAGGAACCAGUCGCAUUCUCAUUAGCGGCAGCAGUGGGACAAGAUAUUUCCCGGUCUCAACUCGCCGUUUGGGAUACUAGUGCAAGAGCUUGGCUACGUACUGCCGACGAUGUUUUCUGCCGACAACAAAAGCAACUUGAGCUAAUACUCAAGAACAUCGACCUCGCCGCGCCCGGUGGCCCGGCAGUUUUUCCGAGCGUCAUUGAAACUUGGAAAAUAGCAAUCACAACCAUGGACAGGCUGAUCUCAGGAAUACCACAGGCUGUCCAAGACGCUGCUGCGCUAUUAGGUCUCUCCGCAUGGCAUCUCUAUCCAGAUCUGAGCCUUUAUGACCCAGAGAUGGUCGAAGUAAAGAUGGGAGAUUCACUCGUUGAUACAGGUGGUGUAUUGUCCAUCGGUGUAUCGAAAAGACCAGACAUCACGGGGAGAGAAAACAGCAUCUAUUGGUCCCUUUCGCUGGCGCAGUUACGUUACUACGGCCAUCCAGUCAAGGUGGAGAGAGGUCUUGGGGCCGAGUGUCGACUGACACUUGCUCAGCUUGAUCUUGUGAUAUUUGCCGUCUUGCUUGAAGAAUGGAGGUAUGAGGAAUCUGAAAGCGAGUCGGUUGCUAGAGCUGUUAUAUCUCUGGUCGACAGAGUCAACAUGUCCCAGCUAGGGUCUCUACACGAGAAGCGACUGCUCAAGAUACUGAGAGAUGGCGCUUCCGCUUUGAUCAAUCCUCUCAACGGAUCUCAAGACAUGACUCGUAGGUUGAUACAGCUGGGUCGCAGAAGGGCUCUUCGUUUGCUGUAUAAUUCGAAUGAUCCGCGCAAGCUUGAUGAGCAAUCUGCAGCUCUCUUCGACCUACUCGAUGGCGAAAACUUCAUGUCGCUUUUCAGGGAUACAGAAUCGCAGAUUAGGUUCCUUCGUCAUAAAGCGGAACUCUUAACUAGUGAGAACAUUCCAUCAGACGCCUACAUCAUACGGUAUACUCAACCCGGCACGCCGUGGGUAGACGAAUCCUCAGCUCUCGAUAAAGAUCGACCCCCUUGUCGAAGUAGCGCUCCGAACACUCCACGCUUAUCAGGGUCCACAGCCAUCACAACGCUCGAAGACCUGUCAUUGCAAACACCUGAUGCACCGGAGACCCUCGUAGAACGUCCGGCGGCUAAAGAUACUCCCCGGCAAGAGCCUCAUGCAAAUCGGAUAUCUUCCGAGUACUCUACCGCAGCUCUUAAUGAUCAGACCGAUAGUGAAGGAGAAAGUGACUCUGACUACUCUCUUGAAUCAGAGGCCGAAAUACUAGAGGAUGACGUGGAUGUCUCUGAUGCUGAAGACGACCAGAAUACUCAUCGGCCGGUUGCCGUAUCACACGCUUACGGGAAUGGCUCUCGGUACUACCUCUUGGCUACUGCCUUGAUUCCUGUGCCAUGUGGGCAAGCGGAGAAUACGCCUCAUCAUAGAUGGGUGCCCAAACAUCUUCGUGGCGUUGCCAUCCCGGAUGGAGAAGUGAUUACUCGCGAUAUGGACGAGAAGUUCAACCUCUGGCAUGAUUGCAUAAAGAUUGUCGCAACAGAGCCUUCAGACGACUAUGUGUAUCAUCAUGUAAUGGGUAAUACGACGACGGCAGCGUUGUUCGCUCGUAAAAUACCGGAUGUCUUCGUCCCAGACCAUUCGGAUGCUACGAUCGAAGACCUUCAGUGGUGCCUGGACAACGACCUUCUGAGCCCCACUAACCUGAUACAUCAUAUCUGCAUCUCAGAGUCUUCUAGAGUUUCGAAAACUUUAGCCGCUUUUGCUAAAGCAGCCCUGAUCUACGAUGGCUUGACUGAUGCUACUGUUGAUGCCAACAUUCUCAACUCUACUUUGACUAGCAAACAUUGGGCUUCGGAAACUUGGCGUGUCACCAUGUCUCCAGAACUUACACUCUCGUUAAUAGCCUAUUUCGAGUCCGGCACCCAUGACAUCGACCCAGAUCAACUGAAGAAUGUCAUUGCCGUCUCGUAUGCAAACUCUCUGUUUGUAGCCAGUGCGGUACGUUGA